AUGGUGGUUUUGAGGCAUUGGUUGUUUUGUCUCUUUUUGGUGCUGAACGUUGCCUCUCUGUGUGUAGUGGCUGAGGUUAAAGCUGCAGAUGUGCCUUCUUCUCUUGAAAACCUUGUUUUUCCUGUUGUUGGUCAGGGUCCAUCUGGUGGUCAGGAUCCAGCAUUAAGAUUAAAAACCACACAUGGUGAUGGUAUUGGUCCUGGCAUAGAUAAUCCCGAAGAAGGUGGCGCUGUUAUUGAACGUGCGAAGCCUCUAGAGAACCCCAAAGUGGAUGUGAAAACCCCUGAGGUCGAGAAAAAUGGAAAGGAGAAGAAAGAGAAAACUGAAAAGCAUGACGGAGGUCAACAAGAUAGAGAGAAUCCUGAGAAUGAUAUUCACGCUGACAUAAGGGAGAGCAAUCCGGCACAACCGUCUGAUUUGCGAAUCACUUCGUCUUCUUCUGAAGUUUCUUCUUCAGCUGUUGUAACUUCUACAGCACAUAAUGAACAACUCACACGUGUUGAUGGAACAUUAACACAACCGAGUAAGAGUGGUACUCCCGCAGAGGAUGGCAGUGAUCAGAGAGAUGAUGUUCAAGGUGAAGUCAAACAGAACAGCAAAGACGACCAGAUGGAGGGAACUGAAAAUGAAGCACAAUCCAAUUCUUCUAAUGUGCACAGUACAGGGGGUACUGAACCUCAGGAGACCAGUGACUCGCAGGAACCAGCACCUUCUUCACAGGAACCUCAAUCAAACAACGGUAAAGGUGAAAACAGUAACGCAGCGAACACGAGUUCUGACCCCAACACACCCAGCAAUGAAGAAUCAACCACCACAACAACAACAACAACAAUUCCUCCUGAACUCACAAACAACAAGAAGGGUGAUGCAGACAGCAGCAGCAGUAUCAGCAGUUCUGUGUGGGUGCGUGUACCACUACUGAUUGUGGUUACACUGGCCUGUAUUCUUGUGUGCUGA